UUGAAAUUGAUUUUAUCUAUUUCGAGCCUGUCAUGAUUCACUGUUCUCAAUUUCUUUCGCUUAUUUAUGAACCAUAUAAAUUAUUUUAAAAUCUACUCUAUGGCACAUUUUCUAGUUAAGGAUGAAUGUUACCGUAUGUUGUAAAGGAUUAAUUACUAGGGACAAAUUGUAGCUUUCACAGUUUUGAAACUCCAAUAAUGAAUCUUUCAACAUAUUGUAUGUGUACAGACAUAAGAGCAAACCUUGCGGCUAUUUGGAUAUUCAUAUCUUAUAUAUUUUCUGCGUUUCAAUCAGGUUAUUCCAUAACAAUUACAUGAAGAACAUGCGGGGAGAAAUAUGACAUGGAUUACUACAAGAAUACAGAUGUAAUUCAUGACGGCUCCUAUGAAUUAAGCGACAACCCUUGUCACGUGGAGUUCACUAAAACCUCAUUUAAGCAGUAUCUCUGUAUAUAUGGCGAUGACAUAAGUUUGGAUUGUGGAACAUUGCUCGAAUACCACGAGGCUUUUGUUAAAAAUCAUAUCCAACCCGAGAGAAAAAUGUCGUGCAAUAACAUAACAAAAGAAGAAUGGUGUCCUAGCCAGUACCAAGACAAGGUAUUUGUUGUUAUUAGGAAACCUUCGCGUCACACGUCUGAUGUCAUAAAAUUACGAGUGUACCUAAAAGACGUUCCAGUGCCAGAGACAGUAAAUGAUGCCCUAGGUGUUUCCCUGACAAUCAUUUUAUGUAUUAUUUUCAUCCCUGUAGCGUUUGUUGUUAUGUGUAGCUGCCUGUUUGGCAUUGUCCAUUUAAAAAGUCGUAAGAAUACCUCAUCACGGCCUCAUGUUGCGUACCAAACGUCUUCAGGGGCAGUUAACAUGCAAACAGCGCCGUCUUUUGACACAAGUGUUCCACCACCAUCAUAUGAAAGCAUCAUGAGCCAGAAAUUAAUCGAAAGUUGAUAUAUUUGACAUUGUGACUUGGAGAGCAUUUUUUGAUAUAUUCAUUUGAGCCGCGUCAUGACAAACCAACGUAAUGCGUUUGCGACCAGCAUGGAUUCAGACCAGCCUGCGCGUUAGCGCAGUCUGGUCAGGAUCCAUGCUAUUCGCUAUCAGUUUCUCUAUUUGUAAUAGAGUUUGUAAGCGAACAGCAUGGAUCCUGAUCAGACUGCGCGGACGCGCAGGCUGGUCUGGAUCCACGCUGGUCGCAAUCGCAUUACGUUGGUUUUGUGGUGACGCGGCUCAUUUGUUAACCAUCGUUUGAUGGCAAUAUGGCUGUGAUAUUUUUGUUUUUUAUUCAAUAUUUUCAAUUUAUAUUGAUAUCAUGUUGUUGUGAUUUAUUUAUUUAGUGUUGUUAUUUAUUUAUUAAGGCAUAUCUUAUUCCUGUUCUCUUUCCAACCUGAUGAGAAUUGUUCUAUUAAAUUUGCGAUAAUCGUGAAAAAAGUCAAUGUAUCCUAACACAAUUUUGUCUCAAUAUCAUUGUGGAACAAAAAGGUGCAGCUUUUAUCAGAAAAAGAAAGCAAAUAUUAUUAAAGUAAACUUUAUUUUCACUGA